AUGUUGUUUUGUUUACGUAAGAGGAGGCAAGAAAUAAUAUGUUUUUAUAAAGAUGUUCAAAAAGCCUACUUAACCAUGUCAAGAUACAAGCAACCAAAGACAUUAGAGGGCUUGGCCCUAAACAGGCUUGGAGAUUGGAUUGCGCAAAUAGCAGAAUUACAGAUGAUACCAGCAGCAAUACUAGGACAUGAAAAUAUCAGCAAGGCGCAAGUUGACCUGAUCAAA